AUGCCUCGACCUAUAGUGGCACCGGACAAGAGACGCCGUAUCGCUCAGGCCUGCGACAAUUGCAAGCGCAGAAAGGAGAGAUGUGAUGGCAGCCGACCGUGCAGCAUCUGCAUUCGACGACGAAGGGAAUCCGAAUGCCAAUUUUCCGAGACGCCUGCUCGAAUGCUUCGGGGUCCCCAGAGUAAUAGGGCCAGCAUCGGAAGUCCUGCAAGUGUCAUGCAGGCAUCUCCUUCAGUCAAUGCGUUGAGGAAUCGUAGUGGGAGUGAUGCACCGCCGUCUCUGCAGCACAACAAUGUCGCGCGGCCGAGCAACGCGACUUUGGGUGCAGUUUCUGACCCUUCGCCGGCUAGUGUCACGUUGUCUGGGAAUUUGAGCGAUACAGGUCAGGCCGAGAUGGCUAUUGAUCGUAUCUUGAAUGCAAGUGUCGACGAGCGGGGCGCCAGAGCCAACGUGGAAUCUCACUCUCGACCAGAGUCUGUGGCACCGGUGCCUAGGCUGGCAAGAUUACUCCGCGAUACCCAUGGCAAGUUCAUGUAUGUUGGCGACUCUGCCAGUCUCUCNUUUGUACAGAGCGUAAGGCGUGUGGUCGUAUCUGCCAUUGGAGACUGUGACUUCACGAACGACCCUCAACGACACCAGAUCAUCGAAACAACACCUCAAACUACUAUGCAGUUGCCUGACAUGUCAUCACUAGAUCUGGAUCUGGUGGAAUGUAAGCGCUUGUCUCGACAUUAUCUUCUCGCGACUAGUGGGCUCAUCGAGAUCUUUGAUGUGCCUACAUACUAUCGCUUUUUGGACAAAUGGGUAAUCGAUAAGGCUCGCGACAACGAUCUCAAGUCUUCCAUCUUCUACAUGGUGCUUGCCAUUGGCGCGCAAGUGUCAUCACCAGAUGGCGAUCAAACACUCGCUGAGAAAUACUUUAACCGUGGCCGACAUAUGGCUGUCAUGACUCUUACAGACGCUCCAAGUCUUAUGACCAUACAGGCUUACCUUUGCAUAACCAUGUAUAUGCUAGGCGCAUGUAGGAGGAAUGCUGCUUUCAUGCAAUUUGGUAUUGCUGUCAGAGCCGCAUUUGCUUUGGGCAUGCACAAGAGCAGCACCCAUGCGCUAUUCGAUGAGACAGAAGCAGGAGCAAGACGCAGAAUCUGGAAGAGUGUUCGCGUAUUGGAUAUAUUCCUCAGUGCGUCACUUGGCAGACCGCCUGCUACUUCAGAUUUGUCAAUGGAAAGGGACAAAGAUACUACUGAGGAGGUGGCACACACAACAUCGACAGACCCCUUUUCGAACAAGGUGCUUGCUCUUUGCAACAUCUUCGAGCGCAUUGUCAUCGACGUCUAUAUGAAAAAGUCAGUCUCCACACGGCUUGCAGAUUCAAUUUCCUGCCAGUACAGGGACUGGACCAGUGAUCUACCAGAAUCGUUACAAUUGGCCAACCUCGACUCGAGCGAGGAAGAUCCGGAAAAGUUGAUCAAGGCCCUGGCUGCUAGCCAUAUCAUCAGUGCCUACCAUUGGUCAAUUAUUCUACUAACACGACCUUUCCUGACAUUCCAAAUCAUCAAAGACAUGAGUCGAGCCGGUCAAAAUCUUGCAAAUCACGACCAGGUGGAUCAAUCAUCCAUCAAGACGUAUGCAGAUGCAUGUGUAGACUCAUCUCUAAGGAGUCUCAACAUUGCAUCAACACUGAUGCAGUACCCCUCGCUCCCACACCGACUACCCUUCAUCAUCAACUCCGUCUGCAACGCCUCUUUAGUCCUCGGAGCCGCCACUUUUGCCGACCAAGACAAGUUUCUGCCUCUCGAAGAUGGACUGAAACAAGGAAUGCAGAUUCUCAACCACUUUGCACAAUGGGAUCCUCAUGCUGCUCGGUAUGCUCAAAUCAUCACUUAUCUGCAAGAUGCAACAACGAGAUAUAUCCGUCAGCGGAGCGAAAAGUCUCUGGAAUCUCGGCGCAGUAAUGUUACCAAACUCUUUGGCACGAUCGGCCAGCAAGCAGGCGGUGCUGAGGAGACCAUCCAAGACCAAUCUGGCGGUCUUGCAUCUGGUGUGAACGGAAUCGGAACUGCCGAUCCUCUACUGCCUGUCAAUAUAGACCCUUCAUUGUACACGAGGCCGGCACUGAUGACAGAUUUGUACUCAUUGAUAAAUAAUCAAGGAGGUUUACCUGGUUUGAUCGAAGGCGGAUUCUAUCCACAACCGCAGCCAGGAGCGGGAGUUAUGACCGACAGCUCUGGAUACCAGGAUGACGCAUACUACUUUAUGGAUCAGGACUUGUCCAUGUUUGGCUUUUGCUGA